GGCAUAUAGCAACAUGUUCAAAUCUCAGCUGACCCACGCAUUUAUCGUGUGCUCCGACACCACCCAAGCAUGACACGGUGUAUGUCAUCAUACGACGCCCAUCGUAUGUUUCCACCGCUGCCGAGCGGCCCGCACUUAAAUCGCCAACCCAUCACCCCAUCCCGAUCGCGCCCACCAUUUGCCAUUUUCGUUCGGCCAUCAAACUAGCCAGCAUGCAGAACAUUUGAUCGCUCUAUAAAUCUUAUCCCACCAUCAUGUUCCCGCGCCGCACGCCCUACUACUUCCUCAGUAUCCUCAUUCUCGGCGCUGCAGUUCUCAUGCUCAACCGUUUCCCCGUCUGCAACAAUACCCUAAAAGGCAUUUUCCAAAGUACAAGUCAGAGAGUCUUCCACACCUCAAACCUGAUUACACCAUCACUGUUCCAAAUGUCGAGCAAACCUACGGUUUUGGUUAUUGGUUCGGGCCUAGCCGGUCUGUCGGCCGCGCACGAGGCCUUGAAAGCGGGGUCGCGCGUGCACAUGUUCGAGCGCGAGGCCAAGCCGGGCGGGAAUAGUAUUAAAGCCUCGUCGGGAAUCAACGGGGCAGGCACGGAAUAUCAAGCAACCAUCGCGGUAUCCGAUUCUCCGGAUAUAUUCUACGACGACACGGUGCGCUCCGCAGGGGCCCGAUUCCAGGAACCCGGGCCCAAGGGCCUAGACCGCAAAGCGCUGGUCGGAGUACUCACCAAACAAUCCGCGGGCGCGCUGGAAUGGCUCACGAAGGAAGUAGGGGUUGAUCUGAGUGUCGUUGCGCAAUUGGGUGGGCAUUCGGUUGCCAGGACGCAUAGAGGGGCGGGCCAGACGCCGCCCGGGGCUGCCAUUGUGACAGCAUUACUCAAAAGCCUGGGGGAGAGUCCGGAUUUCACCCUCAGCACAUCGACGGAAGUGAAGAGUCUGGUUGUGGAGGAUGGGGCGGUGGUGGGGGUGCGGUACCUUGUCACCAGCGACGGCGCCAGUUCAGAAGAGCAAGAGCUCCAAGGACCCGUUGUGUUCGCGGCUGGUGGCUUCGCAGGCGACGCCCAGGGGCUCCUGGCCAAAUACCGAUCCGACCUAAAGGGCAUGCCAUCAACCAACACGGCCCGCCCAAGCGCGCACCGUCUGCUGGAAGAAGCCGAUGUAGGCGUAGAAUUCGUCGAUAUGAGCGAAGUCCAAGUCCACCCCACGGGGUUCGUCGACCCGAAGGACGCAGCAGCGGGGUAUAAAUUCCUAGCCGCCGAGGCGCUGCGAGGCGAGGGUGGCAUCAUGCUUUCCGCAAAGGGGGAUAGGUUCGUGAACGAGAUGGAGAGAAGAGACGUAGUCAGUGCGGCCAUCAUGGCCUUGCCCCCGAUGGAGCUGGAGGGCGAUGCGAAGCAGUGGGAUGUCACGCUUUUGCUUGACCCGGGCGCGUGCGAGGCGGUUGCGGGGCAUUUGGGGUUUUAUACUUGGAAGGGGUUGAUGCAGAAGAAGAAGGUGAGGGAGUUGGCACCUGAGGUUAUUGCUGCCGUAGAUAAGUAUGCGCAGGUGGUUGCCAAGGGGAAGGAUGACGAGUUUGGGAGGAAGGCGUUUGGAAGGUGGCGGUUGCCGGCGGGCGAGGCGAAUCGGGAUGAGGAAGUUUGUGUGGGGAAGGUUACGCCUGUGACGCAUUUCACGAUGGGAGGUGUGGUGUUCAACAAGGAUGCUCAGGUCCUGGGGAAGAAGAACGAUGAGACGGUGCCGGUGAAAGGCCUGUGGGCCGCGGGCGAGAUCACCGGUGGUAUACACGGUGCCAACCGGCUGGGUGGCUCUUCGUUGCUGGAGUGUGCUGUCUUUGGCAGGAUAGCGGGAGCCGGGGUUGCGAAAGCUGUGGCGAAGCGGUAGUUCACUACGGAUUCAAUUGGUCUUCCCGUGUAGAACUGGAAUAGGGGCUCGCAUUAGGUGUAUGGAAUAGUGGUGACCAAAUAGGGGUUUAUAUCUCACCGGACUCGGAUUACUUACAUUCUUGCGUCCGGCAUUUCCUCAAGUGCGUGGCGUGACAUUGUCGUAUGUGGUGU